GGAGGCUAUCAUUGCAGGGCAUGCAAAGUAGUGCCCACUCUCGUGCUGCCGAGUGGACCUGACACUCCGAUCUAGGAGUGCCUUACAUGUGCCCAAACAUCCUCUGCAUGUGCAACAUCGAGCUUCGACAAAUUGGGAUGUCAUUGCAAAGGCAAAGUAAAGAACUCGAUCCUGCACGACUUUGGCGUUCCCCAGACUUCGGAGCUUUGGCCGCUCCCUGAAUGCGCAUCACGCUCUGCGCGGCACCCAUCUCCUGCUUGAGUCGCACAAGUCCUCCAUCAUGAAAGCAAUCUUGCAGCGCGUCCUCUCCGCCUCGGUGACGGUAGACAAGGAAGUCGUCUCCUCCAUCGGGAAGGGCGUGCUCGUCUUCGCCGCGGUGGCCCCCGGGGACACGGAGAAGGAGGCCGACUCGCUCGCGGCCAAAGUUCUCAAGAUGAAGCUGUGGGAUGAUGAGAGUGGUGGACGGUGGAAACACAGCGUCACAGAUAUCAACGCCGAAGUUCUCUGCGUAUCCCAAUUCACGCUCCUGGCCUCCACCAAAAAGGGCAGCAAGCCCGACUUCCACGGCGCCAUGGGUGGUGACGACGCCCGGCGGCUGUACGAGUACUUCUUUUCCAAGGUGCAGCAAGGCUACACCGCUGAGAGGGUCAAGAACGGAGUGUUCCAGGCCAUGAUGGAGGUCGCGCUCGUCAAUGACGGCCCAGUUACACUAGAAAUCACGGCGAGUCCUCCGCCGCCGCCGCCUAAUGGCGGAGAGAAAAAGGACAAGAAGUCGAAGAAGGAUGUGAACGGGGAGAAGUCCUCAUCAAGCACGCAACAUUCUGGAUUAUAGACAACUUUUCAAGAAGAGAGCAAGGUGAUCGGUUUCACAUUGAAGAUAGAGAGAGCGUUACUUUGUUUGAAGCUUUGCUAGAGUAGAGAAGGGGGCAGGCAGAAAUACUGCUGCUGCUGCUGCUGCUGCUGCUGCUGCU